AUGUGUCGAGCUGUCGACGACGAUAGUAUAGCGUUGCAGAUCGACUUUUACAGAAAUAGCUGCCCGGAGGCAGAAUCCAUCGCCUUCUCUUUCGUUGAAAACGCAGUUUCCCAAGACUCUAGAAUGGCGGCAUCGUUGCUUCUGUUGUUGGAUGAUACCGAGUAUUUCGUCGGCACGAAAACGGCACCAUCUAACUCGAAUUCUCUGAGGGGAUUCAAAGUCAUCGAUGCUAUCAAACAGGAAGUUGAACCCGUCUGCCCUCAAACUGCUGCUUGUGCUGAUAUUCUUGCAACUGCUGCCAGAGACUGUUGUUAUAGCCUAAUCCCUAAGCCCAACAGCAUACCCAGCAAGCUGGGGUAG